GCAAAAAUGGGAGAAACACCUGAGUUAAAGUCGUACGAUUAUAAAAUUGGUGAUUUGGUCUGGGCAAAAUUAAAAACUUUUUGUCCGUGGCCAGCCAAGGUUGUUGUAGCUCCGACGAAUAUACCAAAGCCGAAGAAAGGAGCCCAUCAAUGUGUACUAUUUUUCGGGGCAAAUAAUUAUGCUUACAUUGAGCUUCAUAAUUUAAAACCGUAUAAGGAGUAUAAAGAUACGCUUGUUGGUGCUAGUAAGACAGCGUCAUUCAAGGAUGCUGUAGCGCAAAUUGAAAAAUAUAUCGAAAAUAGAGAGAAAUAUGGUGAAGAUUUCGAUGCUAUAGAAAAUGAUCAAGAUGCAGAAUUUAAUAAGUUACGUGAUGCACAGGAGCCAAUUACUCCGAAAGAGAAAACAAAAAAAGCGAAAAAGGAAAGUCCAACGAAAAAACGUGCAUCUGAAUCAGGAGUAGGACUUGGACGGCCACCAAAAAAGAGUAAAUUAUCGGCGAGUUUUUCAACGAAUGACGAUGGGCUAGCAGGCUCACCAGUCGGGCAAAAUCACGUGAGUCGGAAAGGAUAUCAAGUAGUAUUAGAUCGGCCCAGUAUUUUAAUGCGCCCGGAAACGCCGCCAAUUGAUGCGCAAGUUUCGAAAAAUAUUUCUGAUAAGAACGUGGAGCCAUCGAAAUUAACGUUUGGUUUUCUUGGCACGGGUAAUAUUGGUGCACAACUUGUUAAAAAUCUUCUGGCAUCUGGACAUAAAAUGGUCGCAUGGAAUCGUACACCCGAUAAGCUUAAACCGUUGGAAGAACUAGGAGUUAAAACGCUUCAAACACCUCAGGAUGUAGUACAACAUGCUGACGUCACAUUUAGUUGUGUUUCAGAUCCUACUGCAGCUAAAAAUAUUGUAUUUGGUAAUUGUGGUGUUUUAAAAGCAAGUUUAGCAAAUAAGGGUUACGUGGAGAUGACUGGAAUUGAUAAUGAAACUAGUCAAGAUAUUGCUGAUGCGAUAACAGCUGGUGGAGGUCGUUAUUUAGAAGCUCAACUUUUAGGUAAUCGAGAUCAAGCAAAAAAUGGCACAUUGAUUAUAUUGACUGCUGGUGAUACAUCCCUCUUUCAAGAUUGUCAGAGCUGUUUUCGAAUUAUUGGCAGACAUUCCUAUCAUUUAAGAGAAGUUGGUAAUGCUUGUAAAAUGAGCUUAAUAUUUAAUUUAAUGAGUGGUGUUGCAAUUGCUGGUUUAGCCGAAGGCUUAGCAUUAGCGGAUCGUUGCGGAUUGGAAUUAGGUGAUGUGGGAACAAUUUUAAAAGCGACCCGACUGGCAUCACCGGAAAUUGUCGAGAAUUGUAAUCACAUCAUCAACGAUCCAUACACAAAGAAUUUCCCAUUAAAACAUAUGCAAAAAUAUUUGAAAUUAGCGCUAAAUAUGGCCGAUCCAAUGGAACAAUCACUGCCUUUAACUGCAUCCAGCAAUGAAGUUUAUAAACAUACAAGACGUUUAGGAUAUGCGGAGUUUGAUGUCUCGAGUUGUUACACUACUUACGGUCCAACAAAAGCGGUACGUUCGAGCGCGAAACAUUCCAAUAAUCGUGGUAGUAAUAUUUUAAUGUUUGAUCAUCACAAUCAAUCAAAUCUAGAAGAGGAAUCUGAAGUACCCGUUGAAAAUUAUUCGAUUGAAAUGAAAGAAGAGCCACUACAAAAUUCUGAUGCUGUAACGGAGAAAUUACAAGACACACAAAAUAAUGUUGAAGAUACGUCUACUACUCUUAACGAUACAAAUAACGCCAUCGUUAAUGAUUUAAAAGACGUGGCGGUACCACAACAAGAGGGGGAAGAAAUUAGUGGGGAUUUUAGUAAUAAGAAAAGUGAAGUAAAUAAUAGUGUUGAGGAGAAUAGUCAAGAAAUAAUUGAUGCGAAAAAUUAAGCUAAGUCAUUACACGAUAUUUCCAAUAUGCAAAGUUGUUGCAUACUUUUCCUCUUUUGAAUUGUAUAAGGUGUUCCAAUAAGAACGCCAGUUUUGAAUUUUAAAUAAAAUAUAUUUGUGGCAUGAGUUCGAAACAUUUAUUAAAUAAUGAAGUGCAAUUUUCAAGGAUUGUUGCAGUGAAGGACAGUGAUACAGCAUUGAAUUUUGUUUUUUAAGGCUUCGUUGUGGGUUUGUUCACAUA